GUACAGUACAGUACUAUAUUUCAAUUCACUUGGAGUAACACACCAAAUAGUGACACUUGCUAAAUCUGCUAUAAUCCAUUACCAUCCCUCUUACUUCCUUCCACCUUGUCACUCUCUCACCUUUUUACUUUUCUCAUCUUCCCACCUUACACACUCUCUGCCUCUCCGUCUUCAACUCCAGUCUUGCGUCCUCACCUCCACAACUGUCAUAAGAACCUACCUACCGUGCCUCAACACGAAGCCACACACAAAAUGGGCUACACCCACUACUUCCACGUGAACUCCGCCAGCGAAGGCUGGGCGGCGAUCUGGCCGCGCCUGAUCGCCGACACGAAGACGAUCAUCGCCGCCGCGGGCGUUCCGCUGACCGGGCCUCCCAAGUACCACCCCAACGGGUACGAGAUGACCACGCCCCCGAUCGUGUCCGUGGACGAGGGGAUCGAUCUCAACGGGGUGGGCAAGAACGGCCACGAGCCGCUGGUGAUCGGCGUCCAGGAAGACGGAUCUUUCAAAUUCGUGAAGACCGCCCGCAAGCCCUACGACAAGGUGGUGGCGUGUGUGCUGCUCCGGGCCGCGAUGCUGGCGCCUCAGGCGGUGAAUGUCAGUUCCGAUGGCUAUUGGGAUUAUGAUCAGGAGUGGAUCCCUGCGAGGGUGCUAUACCAGCGUCUGUGGCCGCAGGACAAGAUUCAUUGUCCGUGGAAGGAGGAAGAGGCAGUUGACGAGGAGAUUGUCGACAACCCCGGCGGCGGCAGCACUGGCUGUGCCCAGCAAUAGAGGAGGACCAAGCCAUGGAGAGGUGGGAUAUCCGGGUUCUUGUAGCGUCGGACGCCUCCCGCGCUGUCGGAUUCUCCUACUCUGGACGGGUUGCGCUUCUGGUUCCGUUCAAAUGCUCGCGACUUCCGCUUCUUGACCAAGCUGUGUCUCUCGGUAUGGGGAACAGAUCAAUUAAGUUAUGUGAUCUUAUGCAGGAAUUGACUGCUAUGGCUGUCGCCACACUCUCUUGUCCAUCGACUAGCAUAGUACUGGCAGACUUCAAACUCUUCUGCAUUGUAUCAGGAGUUAUGCCCCUCUGCGCGCUUCAAGUCGCUUGCCAUGUUUUAGAACUAUGCAUUCAGCUCCAGAACCCGAGUGAAAGAUACAGC